CAUUGAACAACACACGCAACGCGAACAGCGUGGGUUCCAUGGAGGAGCUACAAAAGCACACCCACGAUGGGAGUGAGGGUGCCGAUGCCCGAGUGGGGGAGGCAGGGCCUGCGGCGGCACAGGCUAAGACGGCCGCCAGCAAAGGCGCCAGAGAUCCCGAAGCAGUCUCGUUUGACCCAGGCGCUGAUAUCCCCUUCGACAAGGCAACGUUGAGAGGCGAGCUCGCCAACGGCAUGGAGUACUACGUCCGAGCCAACCGGCACCCGCGAGAGCGAGCUGAGCUCCGCAUCGUCAUCAAGGUGGGGUCCGUGAUGGAGACGGAGCAAGAGCGGGGGGUUGCGCACCUGAUCGAGCACCUGGCGUUUCGCGCCAGCAGGACUUGUCCGCAGGAGUUCGAUCUAGUCAAGGAGGCAAUUGGAGUCGCACGGCAUCAAGUUCGGAGCGCACCAGAACGCCUACACGUCUUUCGAGGAGACGGUUUACGAGCUGCACGUACCAGCCGACCAGCCGGUGCUCCUGGAGAGGAGCCUCCGGGUGCUUCGACAACUCGCGCUCGAGGGGGAGGGCUCUUGGAGAGAAUUCUCUAG